CGGCUUUGACGCUCGUUUCGUUUGACGUUGCGUUGCAUUUUGCUUUGGAUAUUUCGUCGGCAUUUUCUUAAGAAAUAUUGUUUUUGUGUUAAAUUAAAUAAACAAAAGCAAGUAUGAAUCGUAGGAGGGGUCAUGGAGAUGAAGAUGGAGACGGUUACGAUCGCCUUCACCGUAAAAGACGUCGUGUAUCAGAAAACCAGGAGAUAGAGGAUAGAUUAGAGUCCCUUAUUUUAAGGGUCGGAGAGAAAAGCAGUUCAAGUUUAGAGAGUAAUCUAGAGGGUUUGGCAAGCGUUCUAGAAGCGGAUUUGAAUACUUUCCGCGUGAAAAUCCUACGUAUUCUGACCGAAUGCGCUAUCCGUAUGCCAGAGAAGUGCACGAUUUACGCUACGCUCGUUGGUCUUCUAAAUGCAAAGAACUAUAACUUUGGUGGUGAAUUUGUAGACUACAUAGUUAAGACAUUCAAAGAAAACCUGAAAGCGGGUAAAUGGAAUGCUGCUAGAUAUUGUUUGAGGUUUAUAUCUGACUUGGUCAACUGUCACGUGUUGGCUGCAUCAUCACUAUUAACCUUAUUGGAGACGUUAGUAGACUGCGCUAAUGAGGAUGGAGUACCGCAAGUCAGGAGAGACUGGUUUGUGUUUGCUGUGCUUUCCACUUUGCCUUGGGUGGGCCGGGAGCUUUAUGAGAAGAAAGAAUCUCAGCUUGAUCAUCUGCUUGUCACUAUUGAAGUAUUCUUGAACAAGAGGAGUAAGAAACACUGGCCAGCCCUUAAAGUAUGGUCUACAGACUCACCCCAUCUUCAAGAGGAGUAUCUGGAUUGUCUCUGGGCACAGAUUAAGAAGUUGAGGCAAGACAAUUGGUCAGAGAAGCAUAUUCCUCGUCCAUAUCUGGCCUUUGAUUCUAUUUUGUGUGAGGCCUUGCAACAUACACUGCCAACAAUUCAGCCACCACCCCAUAAUGAUGGUGACUCCUACCCAAUGCCCCGUGUAGUCUUCCGCAUGUUCGACUAUACAGACUGCCCUGAUGGCCCCGUCCUCCCUGGAGCGCACUCCAUCGAGCGCUUCCUCAUCGAAGAACACCUCCACAACAUCAUCGAAGCAUACCAUUUAGAACGCAAAGAAUGCGCAGCACAACUACUCUGUUUCCCGUACAAGGGAAAGAUACCAUUAGAGUACUGUAUCGUAGAGGUGAUUUUCGCUGAACUGUUUAACCUGCCUCGGCCGAGAUAUUUGGAGAUCUGUUACGGGACUAUAUUGAUUGAGCUGUGUAAGCUGCAGCCGUCGACGAUGCCGCAAGUGCUGGCGCAGGCUACUGAGAUAUUGUUCUUGAGGAUUGAUACUAUGAAUGUGGCUAGUUUUGACAGAUUCGCCAACUGGUUCGCAUACCACCUGAGCAACUUCCAAUACCGCUGGUCGUGGGACGACUGGGAGGCGUGCACGCAGCUCGAGCCCGACCACCCCAAGCCGCGCUUCGUGCGAGAAGUGCUCGCCAAGUGCCUGAGGUUGUCAUAUCAGCAGAGGCUAAAGGAUAUGAUGCCCGAAGCGUUCGCUUCGUUCGUGCCGCUCAAGCCGGAGCCCAUUUACAAAUACUCCAUGGAGGGUGCUGCAUCUCUCCCCGGCACCGAAGCAGCCCACCAGCUGGUAAUCUGCGUCCGCAACAAGUGCACCCCCGAAGAAGCCCUAAAUGUCCUCCGGGAGCUCCCAAACCCCCUACGAGAGGGCGACCAACCCUCGGCAGCGCAGGCCGCGCCACACAACCCGCUCAAGAUCGACGUGUUUGUCCAGACACUACUUAACUUGGGCAGCAAGAGCAUUUCUCAUAGCUUUGCUGCUAUAUCGAAGUUCCAUUACGUUUUUAAGAUCCUCGCCGAAUCCGAAGAGGCCCAGAUCUGCAUCCUCCGCAACGUAUGGGAGCUCUGGCAGCGCCACCCUCAAAUGGUCUGCGUGCUCGUCGACAAAAUGCUAAAGACGCAGAUCGUGGAGUGCAGCGCCGUGGCCACGUGGCUGUUCUCCAAGGAGAUGGCGCCGUACUUCACGGGCGCGCAGCUGUGGGAGAUCCUGCACCUCACCAUUGACAAGAUGAACAAGCAUGUUUCUAAACUCAGUCGCGAACUGCAGGAAGCUCGCGCAGAGCUGGCGAGAGCUGACUCCUCCAGCUCGGACUCUGAAGACGAGGGUACCAGCAAGAAGAAGAAAGAUCAGGACAAACCCACUGAAGAGGCAGUGGAGCGCAUGGAAGAACGUCUAGAGGCAGCCCACAUGGACCAGAAGCGGCUGUUCCUGAUCGUGUUCCAGCGGUUCAUCAUGAUCCUGUCCGAGCACUUGGUGCGGUGCGACACCGACGCGCGCGACCCCAACACGGGCUGGUACAGGAGCACCGUGGGCCGGCUGCGGCAGGUGUUCCUCGCUCACCACGAGCAAGUGCAGAAGUACAGCAGCACCCUGGAGACGUUGCUGUUCACGCAGGACCUCGACCCGCACAUCCUCGACGUGUUCCACCAGUUCCUCGCGCUCACGGCAUAGGUUAGCUCAGCAAUCGUGGAUUUGUGUCUAAAGAGGGUACUUUUACUUUACUAAAUUGAAACUUAAGUAUUUCGUACGUGACCGCCACCACAAAUGACAUGAGAAUGAUUCAUUCAGAUGAUGAAAUCAGCAAGAAUAUGUUGAUUUCAUGCCAUAACAACAGUAAGAGGGCAUGAACAUGGCGGGGGUUCAUGCCUGGUCAGUGUCAGGUAUACUUCACCACGAUGCCGACUUUACCCUUUCUAAAGGUGUCUCUAUUUUCUGUAUUAAAAAAAGACUUAGUUGUCCCGUAUGGACUUAGCCUGUCAUCUACCAAAUGUGGCCAAAAAGAGCCAGGCCGGAUAUCUCCGUCCAGUAUUUUGUGCCCCGUAUUUGUUACGUACGGAGAUUAGUCUUGAUAUCCGCAAUCGAAAAGCAGCUUUAUUUGCAUCACAAUACGUGUACACGUUAAAUACGGUAAUCUCCGAUCUCGAUAGAUAGGGGAUGCUUUUUUUGACAGUUUCGUAGACGACAGGUUAAAGCUGCGUUUCCAUCAGAGAUAUGCGAGGAGGUAUAGCGAGGGAUGUUUUUCUACCAAUAGAAUGCCCUGAUUUACCUAUCCUCGCUCAGCGCUGCUUUAGAGGACAAUAUUCUAUUGGUUUUUAACAUGCACAAACACAUGCUUCGCUACGCUUCCUCGCGCAUCUCUGGUGGAUACGCAACCUAAAUAAGUUAGUUGUUUAAAAUGAAAUAAUCAUUUAAUUUACCAAAUAUCCACUUUUCUGUAACACCAUAUAAUCCUAUUUAUUACGAAUUGAGAGACAUGUUAUAUUGUGGUUUGAAUUAGA